GAAAGAGCUCGGGCGGUACGGACGCCACAGCCCCUCCCUCGUCCUCACCGCAGCCGCUCGGCCCCACCAAAGCCUCCUGCAAAAGCUCCGAGGGCCGCGGGGCGCGCGUGGCUAGCGGCGGCGUCGCCUCGUGAUGACAUCGUCGCGAUGACGCGGCGCAGUGACGUGAACGCGGGCGCCCUUGUUUGGGAGCGCGGCCGGCGCGCCCGUUUUGAAGCUGCCGGGAGCAGCGCGGGCCGGACCGCGCCCCCUCCUCGGUCCCCGCGCCCCGCGAGUCCGCGCAGUUCCCGAGGCGCGGGCCCUGUUCCCCGCGCCGCGCCCCCUCAGCGGGCCGUGUUCGCAUCACCGAGGUCGGUCCGGGCCGGACCGAAGCCCCCGGGGCGGGGCGGGGCGCGGGCGUCCGGGGGCGCCCCGGGCCCAGCCCCCGCCAUGCCGCCCGGCAAAGUGCUGCAGCCGGUCCUGAAGAUGAAGGUGGACGAGCUGUUCCUGUACUGGCUCAGCGAGGCCAGCACGCAGCGGAUGCUGCAGGACUGCUUGCGCCGGAUCAAGGCGCCCGGGCGGGACCAGCCGACCGCGGGGGACGGGGAGCAGCCCGGGGCCUGGCCCACAGCCCCGCUCGCCGCCCCCAGGCCCAGCGGGCUCGAACCCCCGGGAACCCCCGGGCCGGGCCCUGCGCUGCCCCUGGGCGCCGCCUCCAGCCCCAGGAACGCGCCCCACGCUCGAGGCACCCGUAGAUCCGCAGGGACGAGAGUAGUUCAGACGCGGAAAGAAGAGCCUCUGCCCCCGGCUACGAGCCAAAGCAUUCCGACCUUCUACUUCCCCAGAGGACGCCCGCAGGACUCCGUCAACGUGGAUGCCGUCAUCAGCAAGAUCGAGAGCACCUUCGCCCGGUUCCCCCACGAGAGGGCCACCAUGGACGACAUGGGCCUGGUGGCCAAGGCCUGCGGCUGCCCCCUCUACUGGAAGGGGCCGCUCUUCUAUGGCGCCGGCGGGGAGCGCACGGGCUCCGUGUCCGUCCACAAGUUCGUCGCCAUGUGGAGAAAAAUCCUCCAGAACUGCCACGACGACGCGGCCAAGUUCGUCCAUCUGCUCAUGAGCCCCGGCUGCAACUACCUGGUGCAGGAGGACUUUGUCCCCUUCUUGCAGGACGUGGUGAACACGCACCCGGGGCUGUCGUUCCUGAAGGAGGCGUCCGAGUUCCACUCGCGCUACAUCACCACGGUCAUCCAGCGGAUCUUCUACGCCGUGAACCGGUCCUGGUCCGGCAGGAUCACCUGCGCCGAGCUGCGGAAGAGCUCCUUCCUGCAGAAUGUGGCGCUGCUGGAGGAGGAGGAGGACAUCAACCAGCUGACCGAAUUCUUCUCGUACGAGCAUUUCUACGUCAUCUACUGCAAGUUCUGGGAGCUGGACACGGACCACGACCUGCUCAUCGACGCGGACGACCUGGCGCGGCACAAUGACCACGCCAUUUCUACCAAGAUGAUAGACAGGAUCUUCUCAGGAGCAGUCACACGAGGCAGAAAAGUGCAGAAGGAAGGGAAGAUCAGCUAUGCCGACUUUGUCUGGUUUUUGAUCUCUGAGGAAGACAAAAAAACACCGACCAGCAUCGAGUACUGGUUCCGCUGCAUGGACCUGGACGGGGACGGCGCCCUGUCCAUGUUCGAGCUCGAGUACUUCUACGAGGAGCAGUGCCGAAGGCUGGACAGCAUGGCCAUCGAGGCCCUGCCCUUCCAGGACUGCCUCUGCCAGAUGCUGGACCUGGUCAAGCCGAGGACUGAAGGGAAGAUCACGCUGCAGGACCUGAAGCGCUGCAAGCUGGCCAACGUCUUCUUCGACACCUUCUUCAACAUCGAGAAGUACCUCGACCACGAGCAGAAAGAGCAGAUCUCCCUGCUCAGGGACGGUGACGGCGGCGGCCCCGAGCUCUCGGACUGGGAGAAGUACGCGGCCGAGGAGUACGACAUCCUAGUGGCCGAGGACACCGCGGGAGAGCCCUGGGAGGACGGGUUCGAGGCCGAGCUCAGCCCUGUGGAGCAGAAGCUGAGUGCGCUGCGGUCCCCGCUGGCCCAGAGGCCCUUCUUCGAGGCGCCCUCACCACUGGGCGCCGUGGACCUGUACGAGUACGCGUGCGGGGACGAGGCCCUGGAGCCACUGUGACACCGCCCGCGAGAACGCCGCCGCGGGGCCGCUCCCCACGUGCCACCACCGGGACGCCGCGGCUCGUGUAAAAACUGCUGUGGAAAAUGAGUGCGUGUGUACGGAAUGAUAAAUUUUUAUUUAUUCACAGAAGCGUGUUGAUGGCCGCCGUGGGUUCGUGGCCGGACCUGCCCAGACCUCUGUGCCCGGGGGACACGUAGGGCCGCUCGUGAAUGGGACGGGUUCCCACACGGACACCCUCGGCACUUGCCGUUCCCGGCCUGGGUUCCGGGGCCUGCGUCUGUGGAAAGGGUCUGUGUGGGCACAACGGUGACCGGCGGCUCCCGGGCGCCUCUGGACGGGAGCCUCCGCCACAGGCUGUGUGAAUGUUUUGUGUAAACGUACAAAAGCGUUUCUGGCGAUCACGCUUGUAUGUUUGAAUGA